AUGUUUAGAACAGUCUUUUCUACUUCCUUGCGCCAAGGUGCCAUUCUUUCGAGAAGAUUUGCCUCCAGUGGGUCCCGCACUAGCUCGGCUUCGAGAAUCGGCCUCGCACCAAGACUCGCCGCUGGUGCUUCUCUCUUGACCGUGGCUGUUCUUUACCCAUUAAAUCAGAUUCUGAAUGACGUUAAGGAACAGGCUGAGGAUGUUUUGCAAGAAGCUUCCGAACAGGCUGUGAAGAAGGAGCUCAAGGUCGCCGCGGAUGAGUCUAAGACCGAAGGCCUGAAAGUCGAAGAAGAAGUUGCUGGCGCUACGCAGACCGAGGGUGAGGGUGAGCCAGAGCAAGGCCAGGCUGCCUUCAAUCCAGAGACUGGUGAAAUCAACUGGGACUGUCCAUGUCUCGGUGGCAUGGCUCAUGGCCCAUGUGGAGAGGAGUUCAAAGAAGCAUUUGCUUGUUUCGUUUAUUCUGAAACUGAGCCAAAGGGCAUUGACUGUAUCAAGAAGUUUGAGGCCAUGAGAACCUGCUUCAAGCAGCAUCCUGAACACUAUAAGGAAGAGCUCUAUGAGGAUGAAGAAGUCCCAAGCGUUGAUAAGGACUCUAGCGAGUCUGGCGUUGACGCUGCCACCACUGCCGCUACCACUGCCGCUGUUUCCACUGCCGGUUCUCCUGGUGCUGCUACUACUGCUAUUCCUUCCGAGGGUCCUUCACAUGCAUCUUCUGCUGAGCCAUCUGCUGCUCCAGCCGAAGGCCAGAACGCUGCUCCAGUCGCCAGUGAAUCUACUCAGUUCCCAGCAAAGGGACCAUCUCACGCUGUUACGCAUGACGAAUCUCAAUCUCCACACAAAGAAGACUCUGAGCAAUGA